AUGGAUCCAGCCUUCGCAAGUCGCUUUGACAUGUAUCGCUCCCUGGCCCAGCGGAGCAUGUUCUCAAUGGACCUUACCACCACGUACUGGAUGGCAGGCUUUGCCGGCGCCCUGCUGUCAAUUUUGAUAGCCACCCGACUUGGCCGUCGUAAUGCUCUUUUGGUUGCCGCGCUCAUCACUCUGAUUGGAGAUGCCAUCGAAAUCGGGUCUUGGGGUCGCAUUGCAGCCUUCUACGUUGGCAGGUUCGUCUCCGGAGUCGGCACAGGCAUUUUCAGCGUGGUUAUUCCCAUCUUCCUCGCAGAGCACUCUCCCCGAGCAGUCCGCGGGAUCCUCGUCAGUACCUAUGUUGUUCUGUGGCUGUUUGGCGUAUGGCUGGGUCAGUGGAUACUCUACGGCAACAACCUACACACACCAAUGGGUGAUGAGCACUGGACAGUUCCUUUGGCAGUUCAGACGGCACCGAUUUUUCUAUUUGCGGUGGCCAUGUUCUACUGCUCUGACACACCACGGUCUUUGGUGCUGCGCGGAAAGGCUGAGCUCACUUAUCCGGUCCUUGCUCGAAUGCGCAAUAUCGACCCAUCCGACAAUUACGUCCGAGAUGAGAUCUCAGCCAUCCAACGUCAAGCCUCGACUGUUCACCGAGGCAUCUUCACCAUCUUCCGAGUCAAGCCCUACCGCAACCGCAUGCUGAUCGCCGUUGGUUUGUCCAUCCUCAAGGUCUUCUCGGGUGAAGACAGUCUUGGUGUCCGCAUCUCCUACAUUUUCUUCGAUUUGCGUCAACUCAGCUUGCAGGAUCGCAACCUACUCUCCACUAUGCUAUACACCGGCCUUUGUUUCCUUUCUGCCAUGCUCUUUGCCUUGCUUGUUGUCGACGGCUUCGCCGGACGCCGUAAAUCUCUCCUGUGGACGAUUUUUUUCCAGAUCAUCUGUCUAUGCAUCUCGGGCGCCAUGGGAGCGUUGUAUGCAAACGGCGUUGGCAUGCAAGUCGUUAUAUAUGUCGAGCUGGCGUUUCUUUAUAUCUGUGCCUGCGUCAAUUGGUUUGGCUUAGGUACUGUUCCAACGGUGUAUGUGGCAGAGAUCCCUGACACGGAAAUGAGGAUGGCCACGGCCGGAAUUGCUGGCGCUAUGCAAAAGUUGUUCUACAUGGGUCUAUACCGGGCACUGCCGUACAUGAUUGCAUACGUUGGACAGAACGGCAUUGGCUAUGGAGUUCAGUUCAUCUUCGCCGUGUGCUGCAUGGUGGCAUGGUUCUUUGUCAAGAAAUUCGUGCCAGAGACCAAAGGCGUCUCCCUUGAAUCCAUGUCGUUGCUAUUCAAUCCGUCUUCAACAUCGGCCAACGACCCUCAGACCAACCCUCUUGCCGACCCGGAACACAGCGCCGCGGUGGCCAAACAAGAACGAGAAAAUGACAGCACGAGCGAGACUGAUGUCAGCGAGCGUGGUCAAUCUCGUCAUCUGAACAAGUCCUUUUAGGUUGUCGAAGGGAUUUGUAGCGUUUGGCGGGCCGGCAGUCCAAACUUCAGCCUUGGGACACCACACGUUGAUAUCUACCAACCUUGGAAUCGGCGAGGGAUUCCAGGAAUGGCCACUGCUGAAUACUGCAUAGCAUCAAGGAGUU